ACGUAGCACCUAAAAGCAGAAGAAGUUGGUUUUAACGCUGAAGUUCUCCACUUCCCUGGGAUUUGUGUGUGUCACUUGCAGAGGCUGCGUGUUUUUCUUCUCCUCCCGCAUCCCCCCCCAAGGAAACUGUUGCCAGUUGGAAUAGACUUUUUAAAUGUUUGGGAUUCAAGAUACUUUAGGAAGAGGACCAAUUCUGAAAGAUAAAUCUCUAGGUUCUGAAAUGGAUUCCGUCAGGUCCUGGGUCAGAAACGUUGGGGUUGUGGAUGCAAACGUAGCAGCACAAAGCGGAGUAGCUUUGUCCAGAGCUCACUUUGAAAAGCAGCCACCCUCCAACUUGAGGAAAUCCAAUUUCUUCCACUUUGUUCUGGCUCUCUACGACAGACAAGGGCAGCCUGUGGAAAUAGAGAGGACAGCUUUUGUGGACUUUGUAGAAAACGAUAAAGAGCAAGGCAAUGAAAAGACAAACAAUGGCACACAUUACAAACUCCAACUCCUUUAUAGCAAUGGUGUCAGGACUGAACAGGAUCUAUAUGUUAGACUCAUUGAUUCAGUCACUAAGCAGCCCAUAACUUACGAAGGACAGAACAAGAAUCCUGAAAUGUGCAGAGUUUUGCUCACUCAUGAAGUCAUGUGCAGUCGGUGCUGUGAGAAGAAAAGUUGUGGCAACAGAAAUGAGACUCCGUCUGACCCCGUGAUCAUUGACAGAUUCUUCUUAAAAUUUUUUCUCAAGUGCAAUCAGAAUUGUUUGAAAACAGCAGGAAACCCAAGAGACAUGAGGCGGUUCCAGGUUGUGCUAUCAACAACAGUGAACGUAGAUGGGCACGUACUGGCAGUGUCUGACAACAUGUUCGUUCACAACAACUCCAAGCACGGGCGGAGAGCAAGGAGACUUGACCCCUCUGAAGCCACACCGUGCAUCAAAGCAAUCAGCCCGAGUGAAGGCUGGACAACAGGAGGAGCAAUGGUGAUCAUUAUUGGAGACAACUUCUUUGAUGGGCUGCAAGUAGUAUUUGGAACCAUGCUCGUCUGGAGUGAGCUUAUCACACCUCAUGCCAUUCGAGUUCAGACACCUCCACGUCACAUUCCUGGAGUGGUUGAAGUGACAUUAUCAUACAAAUCCAAACAGUUUUGCAAAGGCGCCCCAGGCAGGUUUAUUUACACAGCUUUAAAUGAACCUACCAUAGAUUAUGGUUUCCAAAGACUGCAGAAGGUCAUCCCAAGACAUCCAGGUGACCCUGAAAGACUAGCUAAGGAAAUGCUAUUGAAACGAGCUGCUGACCUAGUUGAAGCACUGUAUGGCACGCCGCAUAACAACCAGGACAUCAUUCUGAAACGAGCUGCAGACAUCGCAGAAGCUCUCUAUAGUGUACCGAGGAAUCCCGCACAGAUCCCCGCACUGUCCAGCUCCCCGGCUCACAGCAGUAUGAUGGGAAUUAACUCCUAUGGCAGCCAGUUAGGCGUCAGCAUUUCAGAGUCAGCACAGGGGAACAACCAAGGUUACAUUCGUAAUACAAGCAGCAUCUCACCCCGUGGUUACUCAUCCAGCUCCACGCCUCAGCAGUCCAACUACAGCACUUCCAGCAAUAGUAUGAAUGGCUACAGCAAUGUCCCCAUGUCCAACCUGGGUGUUCCAGGCUCACCUGGGUUCAUUAACGGCUCUCCAACAGGAUCCCCUUAUGGAAUAAUGUCUUCAAGUCCAACAGUUGGCUCCUCCAGCACUUCUUCCAUCCUUCCAUUCUCCUCUUCCGUCUUUCCUGCUGUCAAACAGAAGAGUGCCUUUGCUCCCGUCAUCAGACCCCAAGGGUCUCCUUCUCCUGCCUGCUCUAGUGGCAAUGGAAAUGGGUUUAGAGCCAUGACUGGUCUUGUCGUUCCCCCGAUGUAAGGAAGAGGCAGCUUUGCUCCUCUCCCUCUUCCCUUUUUUCCUCUUUUUUUUUUUCAUUUUUCUUUUACAGCACAAAACUACUUAUUGUGAUGGACCACUAAAAAGAAAAAACAUAGCACUACAAGCUCUUUUUUGGGGGAAAGCCAGGCCCAUGAAAAAAAAAGGAACAUUUUUUAUGGAUUGGACAAGAUAGAAGGCUGCAUCUUUUACCUGUUUCAUAUUUCUGACACAACCACAUCAACUCCUAAAACAUUGUAAACGAAGAAUCAGCCAAGAGCCAGGAUGACCAACAGUUGGCAGAACGGAAUCAGAAAUGCAAAGUCUUUCUUGAAAGACACGAAACCUUCCUAAGAUUUGUAAAAUAUUAAAAGGAAAAAGAAAUUGGCAAAAUGAUUCAAGCUCGAUAUUUUGGAUACAAUUUGUUUUACUUUGUAGGGGUAAAAAGUUGAAGUUUCUAUUUUCUAUGGAGCCUUUCAGAUAUCGAUUUAGUUUAUGCAGAAAAAAAUUCAACAAAACAGGGUACCAGCAUGAAAGAAUUUCUAGGACAAACUGACACGAAUGAUGGAACUUUGGUGUAUGUGUGUAUUUGCUUAUAGUUUAACCUCUUUAAAAAAUGUAAGAUGUUUUACAAUUAUUUAAAUAAAUAAACUUGUAACUUAUUGUAUGUAGAGGUAGAAAUUAAACCUUUUUUGGAUUUUUUCCUCCAGUUGUACAAUGAAGAAAAAUGAUGCAAAAAUGUAGUGACAAGUUCAAUAUAUAUUAUUACUGCUGCAGUUGCUCCUCACUUCUUCCCUCUUAGUGAAUUCAUGUGCAAGGAUUUGUAGCAUUCUUUCUGAUUAACAAACUCAUCAGAAACUUUUAUACGCAUUGUGGUAUACAAACACUAAUUCAUUUAUAAAUUUUCAUCCUCCUUAUCUUUCCCCUCUUCCAUUUUUUCUUUCAAUUAAGAUAUUCAGGUACUGGGAUUGUCUGGUGAGUUUCAAAGACCCUACUGGCAAAUGAGCAGCACUUGGGGAUUUGGACGAAUCAGAUUUUUCAUGCGGUAGUGAGUUUAUUUUAUACAUUCAGUGUAUGAGUUGGGAGGGAAGGGGCUCUCUGACAUUGUUUUUCCAUGUAGUUAGAACAGUUAUACUUCACAGUAAGGGUGCAUUUAUAAAGGGUAAAUAUGUAUUUGAAUAAUUUAUGCACUUUUAUCCUGAGUCAAUAAAAAUGGUAAGUAUUUUCCAUUUAUAUACUAAAGUUUAUAGAAAUAAUUGUUUUGAAUUUUUCUGCAUUUUAGUGUAAGAAAAAAUGAGUUCUCCUUUGCUUCUUCUCUCCUGAAAUUGGAAGGUGAGAAGGCAACAAAACCAAUCACUAGUUAUCUGACCAAACAAGAGAACUUGGUAUUGAUCA